AUGUCCCUCAUGGAGGCCGAGGAACAGGAGGAAGAUGCCAACUCCCUCUCAAAGGAUGAAUCAGAGACUAUCUCUCGUGACUGCCUCCGCUACGUGCCCCUUGGGAUAGUCUUUCUUUUGCUGGCUGGAGCUGCUGCAGCAACCUGGUAUUUCCUAGACUACAGACCGUGGCACCUGGAACCAGCCGUCCUGCAGUUUUACUCUGGCAGCCUCCAGGUCAUCAAUCGCCAAUACUCCCCGGACCUUGGGCAGGUGGAGUCCAGAGCCUUCUGGUUGGAGUCAGCUAAGCUCCAGAAGAUGCUGAAGGAACUCAUUCGUGCCACAGAGCUGGGUCGAUAUUACAACUCGAGCACAGUGUAUGCCUUUGGGGAGGGGGCUCUGACCUUCUUCUUCUGGUUUGCCCUCCAAAUCCCUGAGAGUCAGCAGAAGGAGGUGACUGUUGAAAGGGUAAACACAAUGCUCCACCAAGAGCUCUCCACCAGCUUCAACAUCUCGGGCAGCCUGUCCUACCAGACGGAGUAUAAGGUCAACCCAGACUCACUGGUUCUGCUGGAAUCCAGUGUGAAAGACAUAGUAGUCCUGAAAUCCACUCUGGGUUGCUACAGGUACAGCUAUGUCCAGGAGGAUGAUGUCCUAAGGCUGGAGGGCCCUGACUACCUGGCCUCCAGUUGUCUUUGGCACCUCCAUGGCCUCAAGGGCUACAUGAUCAAGCUACACCUGGAGUGGACUCUCCCGGACUGCAGGGACCGCCUGGCCAUGUACGACGCAGCGGGGCCCCUGGAGAAACACCUCAUCACCUCGAUCUACGGCUGCAGCCGGCAGGAGCCCGUUGUGGAAGUCCUUUCAUCUGGCCCUGUCAUGUCCGUUGUGUGGAAGAAAGCCAUGUACAGCUACUACGACCCCUUCAUCCUCUCAGCGCAGGCAGUGCCCCUCAAAGCCUGCGAAGUGAAUAUAACUCUGCGUGAGGGUCUGGAGCUGCAGGGGAAGAUCGGCACCCCACACUACCCCAGUUACUACUCGCCCAAUACACACUGCACCUGGCACAUGACGGUCCCAUCCCUUGACUAUGGGGUCACCCUGUGGUUCGACGCCUAUGCACUCAGCAGACAGAAGCACGACCUGCCCUGUACCCAAGGCCAGUGGAUAAUUCAGAACCGAAGGUUCUGUGGCCUGCGGACCCUGCAAGCCUACGCUGAGCGGAUCCCAGUCACGUCCUCUGCUGACAUUACCAUCACCUUCACCUCACAGAUCUCCUUAACUGGCCCUGGCGUACAGGCGUCUUACAGCCUGUACAACCAAUCUGACUCCUGUCCUGGGGAGUUCCUGUGUUCAGUGAACGGCUUGUGCGUCCCAGCCUGUGACGGGAUCAAAGAUUGCCCCAAUGGGCUGGAUGAGAGAAAUUGUGUGUGUCCUGCAAAGUUCCAGUGCCGCGAGGACAGCACUUGCAUCGAGUUCAGCAGAGUCUGCAAUCAGCAGCUGGACUGCGUCAACGGGAGCGAUGAGGAGCAGUGCGGUGAAGGGGUCCCCUGUGGUCCUUUCACCUACCGCUGUGAAGAUGGGACCUGUGUGAAGAAACCCAACCCCCUGUGCGACACCACUGCGGACUGCAAGGACCUGUCCGACGAGAAGCGCUGUGACUGUGGGCUGCAAGCCCCUCUCAGCAGGAUCGUGGGUGGUGCGAAUUCUGUGGAAGGGGAAUGGCCAUGGCAGGCCAGCCUGCAAGUUCGGGGACACCACAUUUGUGGGGGAACACUUGUUGCUGACCGCUGGGUGGUCUCAGCUGCGCACUGCUUCCAGGAUGAGAGACUGGCCUCUCCCUCCAUCUGGACCGUUUACUUGGGCAAAUAUUUUCAAAAUGCCACCAGCCACACAGAGGUGUCGUUCAAGGUGAUCCGUCUCUUCCUCCACCCUUACUACGAGGAAGACAGCCAUGAUUAUGAUGUGGCUCUGCUCCAGCUGGACCAUCCUGUGAUCAUCUCGCCCUUGAUCCAGCCCAUCUGCUUGCCUGCUCCUUCUCACCUCUUUGAACCUGGCCUUCAUUGCUGGAUCACUGGCUGGGGAGCCCUCAAGGAAGGCGGGCACAUCAGCAGUGUUCUUCAGAAGGUGGACGUGCAGCUCAUCCAGCAAGACAUUUGCAGCGAGGCCUAUCACUACAUGAUUUCUCCCAGGAUGCUGUGUGCUGGGUACCACAAGGGCAAGAAAGAUGCCUGCCAGGGUGAUUCUGGAGGUCCGCUGGCCUGCAAGGAACCCAGUGGCAGGUGGUUUCUGGCUGGUUUGGUCAGCUGGGGAAUGGGAUGCGCACGUCCGAAUCACUAUGGAGUAUACACCAGGAUCACUCAAGUGCUGGGCUGGAUGAACCAAACUAUGAGCUGA